GGAGCCAGGACUCCUGGGUUCCUGCCCAGCUUUGGCAGGGUUGUUGGGUCUAGUGGUUGGGGGAGGAGGCUGGGACCCAGGACUCCUGGGUUCUAUCUUUGGCUCUGGGAGGGAAGUGGUGUAUUCUGUGCUUUGACCUCUCUAGCUCAUUGCUCCCAGCAACACGCCGACAACCAGCAUCUGUUACAACAGCCCUGCCCCCCUUCCCUGUAACACUGGCUUUGUGCAACACCCUGCAGCAGUGAGAUGAGCCCGGAAGUCGUUUUUACAAGCAGGUGUUCGAACACUUCCCCCCAGCAUCCCCUCCUCCUGUAGGCAGAGCCAUGUGCAAGGGGAGCUGCUGGCCACCUGCUUGCUGGGGUCCAGAAAUGGGCUGGUCUUAGAUCGGCCAGUGGGGUGUGCUGAGGUGGUGGUGUGGAGAGCUGGGAUCUACACAGGGCAUGGGGCAGGGGGAAGAGGAGCUGGGAUCCAGCUCGGGGACAAGGUGGGAUCUGCGCAGGGCAAGGCCAGGUCAGGGAGCUGCAAGAGGCUGUCUGCCCUGUGUGGUGCAGGUUGGGAAGAUGUGGUCUAGGUCCUUCCGCCAAGCUCUGGAAGGGGAAGUACCUGUUGCUCAGAGGAGUGGCUCAGAUGUGGGACCCAACCCCAUGAGGGAGCUGAGCUGCCCCGGGCUAUCAACUGCUCCGGGGGUGAUAGGGGAAGAGGUCACUCCUCUCCCCUGGUGCCCAUCCAAUAGUCAGUAGCCUCCCUUGCCUCCUAGCCAUGAAUGGCUCCUGUGCCCUCCCCAACGCCAUGGGGGCUGUGGAGGACGCCAUGCGGCACAUCGCCAUCGGCACCAACGCCUUGGUUUUGGGGCUGGGCCUGGCUGGCAAUGGGCUGGUGAUCUGGAUCACCACAGCUGGCCGGGCCGCCCACCUUCCCCUCGGCCUGCUACCUCCACCUGGCUGUGGCCGACCUGCUCUUCUCCGCUGGGCGCAUCCCCGCCAUCAUCCAGGAGGCCUUGAGAUCCCGCUGGCCCUUCGGCCGAGCCCUCUGCAAGCUCCACUCCUUCGCUCGCUACUUGGUCGUCUUCGCCGGCAUCUUCGUGCUCACCCUCAUCAGCCUCCACCGCUGUCUGCUGGUGGCUCAGCCCGUCUGGGUCCGGAACCACUGCAGGCCCCGGCUUGGGUGUUGGCUGAUUGCUGGGGCCUGGUUCCUGGCCAUCUGCUUCAGCGUGCCUUACCUGGUGCUCAGGGACGUGGAGACCAGACAUGGGGAGUCCUUCUGCGUCUACCGGAGAGACCUGCGGCGUUUUGCCGAGAUGCCCCUGAGGUUGAGCCAGUUCCUGGCGGGUUUCUGGUAUCUUUUGCCAUCAUCGCCACAUCCUACGUGGUCUUGACUUGGAAGCUGAGGAGAAGAAGCUGGGCGGGCUCCCCACGGACCUUCGCCUUGGUGCUGGCCGUGGUGGCUCUCUUCUUUGUUUGCUGGUUGCCCCAUCACAUCUGGUGCUACUCAGCACGUACCAGGGGAACAAAGAGGUCUGGGUCGUGGCGCUUAAGCUGGCCAAUGCCUUGGCCUACCUCCACAGCUAUCUCAACCCUGUGCUGUAUUGGCUGGUGGGAUACGCCCGGAGCAGGGGGUACCGGAGGUGCUCCUUUCUGUGCAUCUUCCGCAGGGCCCUGGCUGAGGAAGAGGUGGGAUCGGGUUCAAUGGAGGCGUCGCAGAGCACCAGACGGACUAGCUGAGAGAGGAGGAUUUGGGACACCUGGGUUCUAUCCCCAGCUCUGGGAAGGGAACAGAAGCUAGUAGAUUAGGGCAGGGUGAGUGAGGAGUCAGGACUCCUGGAGUCUAUUUUCCAGGUCUCCCAUUAUUUCCUUGUGUGUGUGAGUGAAGGCCAAUCUCUGCAUCUGUCUCUCGCCUUCUGCUUCAAUUUCUUCAUCCAUGAAAUAGAGGUAGUAAUCCUUCUGUUGUCUAUUUAGACUGUAAGCACAAUGGGGCAUGGACCAUCACUCCCUAUGCGUCUGUGCAGUGCCCGGCAUAACGGAGGGCCUUGAUCUUGGUCGGGGUCUGUGCAGCGCCUAACACAACAGAGAGCCCUGAUCUCAUUCAGGAUCUGUCUACGUUGGGGAUCAGGAGACAGAUUCAUCAAAACUGUAAGUCUUUGUGUGAAUGGAUCAGUUUUCUGGAGUUUCUUGACUCAAAAAAGUUUUGGAAGAAAACUUUCAAAGUUGUCGCCAGCUCAUGUUUUAAAAUGUUGAAAUUGAAGUGAAAAUUCCACCUUUCUGGUCCCAAAUGCUUUUUUUCUUUUUUAAGUUUAGGAUAACUUGGGUUUUUUUUU